UGUUCUUCAACUGGAGUACCUAUUUUGAUAAUGAAAAAGUGUGAUUAUAUAUACUCUGUUUACUAUUGUUCUCAUCCUUAUCUUUGAACAAGAGUAUUUUAUCAGUGAUAAUCCUUAUCAGGACUGUUUAGAUAGUGGUGUCACAGUAGUAUUGCAUCUCAUGUUUCAAAGACCCUUGCACAAGUUUAAGAAUAAAAAAAAAAUCUAGCUGUAACAACACAAAUUAUGGCUGAGCCUGUGGAGGAUGAUGUAAGUUACCUUGGAUCACAAGAGGUAGCAGACUAUAUAUCCCCCAAUAAAGAGAACACCCCUGCCACACAAUACCAGAACACAACUUCUGACCCAAGGACACCAGACCACAAAGCAGCUGGGGUCUUCAGAACACCCUUGGUGUCUUCACAGGGUAAACAGGAUAAGAAAACUGUUGGGCGUGUCUUACCCAGUGGAGGUGCAGAACGAGUUUCUCCCUACAAUUCAAGCAGUCCAGUCACAAGCCCACGCACCCCAGAUAGAAACCCAAAUUACAACAUUGAUGCCUCAGGCUCCACGUAUGCAUUACAGGUUGCUCUCAGAAACAUGAAGGAGCGAUACCACAAACUUCAGAAGAAAAUGGCCCUUAUAGAAGAUGAUAACCAAAGGCUUAUUAGUGGCAAGUCUGAGCUUUUUGGCGAAAUUGGAAAACUGCAGGUAUUUGAAUAACCUCUCAUUGUUUGA